AUGAUAUUGGUGGCGAGUGAUCACGUGUCUUUUUACAGCCGGGUAAUCUGCGCUCAACCCUGUACAGAAUUAUUUUUUCUUCCCUAAAACGGUUGUAUUUCAUCAAUAUACGGAUAUAUUUUGAGGCCUCAAUAUGCCUAUAUUCUCGGAGCUGUAUUUUAAUGUGGAUAAUGGUUACUUGGAAGGGUUGGUCAGGGGUUUUAAGGCUGGAAUUCUUUCACAGGGAGACUAUCUAAAUCUGGUCCAGUGUGAAACCCUGGAAGACCUGAAGCUCCAUCUGCAGAGCACGGACUAUGGCAGUUUCCUGGCCAACGAGCCGUCACCCCUCACCGUGUCCGUCAUCGACGACAAGCUCAAAGAGAAGAUGGUGGUGGAGUUCCGUCACAUGAGGAACCAGUCCUAUGAACCGCUGGCAAGUUUCAUGGACUUCAUCACGUACAGCUACAUGAUAGACAAUGUGAUCCUGCUGAUCACAGGCACCCUGCACCAGCGGGCCAUCUCUGAGCUGGUACCGAAGUGCCACCCGCUGGGCAGCUUUGAGCAGAUGGAGGCUGUCAACAUCGCCCAGACCCCAGCAGAACUUUACAACGCCAUCCUGGUCGACACCCCUCUGGCUGCUUUCUUCCAAGACUGCAUAUCUGAGCAGGAUCUGGAUGAGAUGAACAUCGAGAUCAUCCGUAAUACUCUGUAUAAGGCUUAUCUGGAGGCUUUCUACAAGUUCUGCUCCACUCUGGGAGGAACCACUGGUGACACCAUGUGUCCUAUUCUAGAGUUUGAGGCGGACAGGAGGGCCUUCAUCAUCACCAUCAACUCAUUUGGUACGGAACUGUCUAAGGAGGACCGUGCCAAGCUGUUCCCCCACUGUGGCAAGCUGUACCCUGAGGGGCUGGCUCAGCUUGCCCGCGCCGACGACUACGAACAGGUCAAAGCUGUGGCCGACUACUACCCUGAAUACAAGCUCCUGUUUGAGGGAGCAGGCAGCAACCCAGGGGACAAGACACUGGAGGACAGGUUCUUUGAGCAUGAGGUGAAGCUGAACAAGCUGGCGUUUCUGAACCAGUUCCACUUCAGUGUGUUCUAUGCCUACGUCAAGCUGAAGGAGCAGGAGUGUAGGAACAUCGUGUGGAUCGCUGAGUGUAUCGCACAGAGGCACCGCGCCAAGAUAGACAACUACAUCCCCAUCUUCUGAUCUGAACACACACACACACACACACACACACACACACACACACACACACACACACACACACACACACCAGUACCUCCCUACAUUCUGAUCUGAACACACACACACACACACACACACACACACACACACCAGUACCUCCCUACAUUCUGAUCUGAACACACACACACACACACACUUCAUCUCUCUCUUCUAAUCCCACGUAUCCAUCCUUCCACAGCUUCUCUCCGAUCCACAGUUACUAUACAGUCGCUGGUCCUAAUAACAAACACAUGUAUCUUCUAAUCUGAGAUUGACAACUCUUCUUUCUAUAGCUGAGUGAUGCCAUGUCUAGUCCUUCUACAUUAGGACUGGUAAAUGUGCUCCAACUCCCAUUUUGUUUUUGUCUCUUCAUGGACAGAUGCUAAAUACCAGCUGUCCUCUAACGCUGGCGUUCAACCAGUGACCUAAUUUAACAAGGUUUUGAUUUUAUUUCUGAAAGAUACUGCACCUUCUAUAACACACAUGGGUCAAAGUGACUUCUUCAGAAGAGCACACUGUUUUCCUCCUCUGAGACAUUCCCCCAGCCAGUCAGCCAACUCCACUAAGGAAUGAUGGGCUAUAGGAUGGCUACUUGCUACUUUUGACCAAUCAUCGGCACAGUCUAUUGUGCCCAGGAAGUGAACGGGCCAUCAGCAGGUUCACUUCAGACAGAAACCCAUUCCAUCUCUCAGCUUUAGGAUCUCAUCCUUUUGACUUGUAUAGCUGAAGUGGAUCAGAUAUUUAUUUGAGUCCAGUGUGAGUCUGUCACCCCGUUUGAAAGGUAUUUUUGUCCCUAGCUGGUUGCUUGUUCUGUCAAUGUACUAUACUGUCUUGAUUGGUUGAGUGCUUUGUUUUUGGAGUCACUAUAGAAGUGAAGCGACUCUUUACAUUCAGCGGUUUAAGUGUGUGUGCGUCUCCAAUGGAACCCUAUUCACUAAGUAGUACACUUAGUUUGACCAUGGAACCCUAUUCACUAAUUAGUGCACUUAGUUUGACCAUGGAACCCUAUUCACUAAUUAGUGCACUUAGUUUGACCAUGGAACCCUAUUCACUAAUUAGUACACUUAGUUUGACCAUGGAACCCUAUUCACUAAUUAGUGCACUUAGUUUGACCAUGGAACCCUAUUCACUAAUUGGUGCACUUAGUUUGACCAUGGAACCCUAUUCACUAAUUAGUACACUUAGUUUGACCAUGGAACCCUAUUCACUAAUUAGUGCACUUAGUUUGACCAUGGAACCCUAUUCACUAAUUAGUGCACUUAGUUUAACCAUGGAACCCUAUUCACUAAGUAGUACACUUAGUUUGACCAUGGAACCCUAUUCACUAAUUAGUGCACUUAGUUUGACCAUGGAACCCUAUUCACUAAUUAGUGCACUUAGUUUAACCAUGGAACCCUAUCCACUAAGUAGUACACUUCGUUUGACCAUAGAACGCUAUUCACUAAUUAGUGCAAUUAGUUUAACCAUGGAACCCUAUUCACUAAUUAGUACACUUAGUUUCACCAUGGAACCCUAUCCACUAAGUAGUACACUUAGUUUCACCAGGGGCCUAUAUGGUUUUGGUCAAGAGUAGUGCACUGUAUAGGGUUCCAUUUGGGACAGCCCCAGAUACUGUGAUGUACAAUGUCCAUAGAUGGAGAAGCAGAGUUUACUGAAAUAAUUUUCACCCUCCUGAUUUAUAUGUUCUGUUAUUCUCUGGAAAGGAUAUAUGUGUGUGUGUGUGUGUGUGUGUGUGUGUGUGUGUGUGUGUGAUUAUGUCCUUGUCUUUAUAAAUAGUACGUGUGUAGGAAUUCUGUCCUAUUGUAAAUGAGAUGACUGGACCUGAACAGUCCAGGUAUUAUUGCAAAUUACAUCCUGGGUUGAAAUAGAUGUUAUGUGCUUAUAUAUGGGAAAAAGAGAAGUGAAUGUGAUGUUUAAACUAUACAAGGAUAUAUAUAUUUCAAAAUGACUUUUAAUGAUUUGUAUUUCUUUUUUGGCAUGAUGUAAAAAUCCAUGACUCGCUGUCAUGGUCCUGUUAAAAUGAGUUCUGUGUCUUAUUUGUGAAAUGUGUUGUAAAAUGUAAUAAAUACUAUAUGGAAACAAA